AUGGUUGCGAGUGCGGAAGGUAGGGUGUUUGCUAUUUAUAACAAUCUACCUAACUCACUGAACAAAAUACUCAUCAAGAAUAAAAAUCAAUCUUUUGAAAAUCAUCUCUCAAACUUGUCACCUAAAAAUGGCAAUCUCUGGUCAACUACCAAAAUUCUUCUAAAAUACAAACUUCCGCUCGUUCCCAUAAUAAAUCCUCAUGGUGAACUUGCAACUACCGAUGGCGAAAAAGCUGAGCUGUUUAAAGAACAUCUAACUGAAACCUUCAUGCCUCACUCGGAUAUACAAAUACCUUCUCAUACUGACAUAGUAAAUCGCUCACUCGUUUCCCCCCUUUCUACUUUUCCCGCAGUUAAGCAUUUCACUCCUGGUGAAGUCAAAUUUACAAUUCAAAAAUACAGUCUCAAAAAAUCUCCGGGGUUCGAUCUGAUUACUGCAGAAGUGGCCAGAUCCCUCCCCAAAAGAGCCAUUGUACUUCUCACAGUUAUAUAUAAUGCGUGUCUAAGGUUAUCUUAUUUUCCUAUGCUUUGGAAAUUUUCUGUAACGAUUCUAGUUCCAAAGCCUAACAAGCUUCCCGACUUGUCCUCCUCCUACCGACCUAUAAGUCUCCUUCCCUACUUCAGCAAAAUUCUCGAAAGAUUAAUUCUUAAAAGAAUUCUUCCAUGCAUCUCUUCCAGUUCCAUAUUACCUAAUACACAAUUUGGUUUUCGUACCGCUUAUUCCUCAAUACAUCAGCUGCACAGACUAGUCGAUGCUAUUUCCUUCUCCCAUGAAAAAAAAAGUUAUUGCUCCUGCGUUUUCUUAGACAUUUCCCAAGCAUUCGACCAAGCAUGAAGGUCUGCUAUAUAAAAUUAAACUCAUAGUUCAUCCUUCCUUUUACUUACUAAUCAAAUCUUACCUCGCGGAUCGAUAUUUUCAGGUCAGAGUUGGCACAUCCCUUUCUGGUUUAGCAAAGAUUAACGCAGGCAUUCCUCAGGGGGGCAUUCUUUCUCCUCUAUUAUAUAACAUCUACGCUGCCGAUCAACCCACCUCUCCGAAUACAGCUGUUGCGGAGUUUGCCGAUGACAAGGCCAUUAUUUCUAUCCAUGAUAAUCCUCACACAGCUUCCCACAAUCUUCAACUCCACCUUGACCUCAUGGCUGAUUGGUAUAAAAAAUGGCGUAUCAAAGUUAAUCAAUCCAAAUCACUCCAUACAACAUUUACUCUUCGUCGUACUCCCUGUCCUAUGGUAUCUCAAAUCCCUUCCUCUCAAACGGCCAAAUACUUAGGUCUGACAAUUGAUCGUCGUCUCACUUGGUCACAUCACAUAAAAACUAAAAGGCUUGCCUUAAAUGCACGACUCCGCAUCCUUAAAACCCUAAUCUCUAACAACAAACACACUCCAUUAAAUACUAAACUCUUAAUUUACAAAUCCCUGUUCAAGCCGAUGUGGACCUAUGGUCUUCAACUCUGGGGCAAUGCCAAAAUAUCCAACACUAAUAAAAUUCAAACUUUCCAAAAUAAAUUCCUUCGCUUAAUUACUAAUUCUCCCCCUUACAUCUCAAAUCUAACUUUACACACCGAUCUAAAAAUGAAAUCAAUAGUAGCAGUAGCCUUUUACAAACGAUUCCACUCUAAACUCCCUUCUCAUUCCAACCCUCUCAUUUUGAACCUUGCCACUCUCACUAUUCCUGGGAAUCCUCCCAGAAGGCUCAAAAGGAAAUGGUGUCGAGACCUUCUCACUGUUUGA